GGGACUCACCAAUUCACUUCAUUACGACUAAUAAAUUUAUUUGAAACCCCAAUCUUCCACCGACAAAGCCAAUUUACAGCUUUAUAAACCUUUUAAUACUAUCAAAAUGGUUCGAUUCUCAGCUCCCGUUGCUACUAUCUUGGCUUUGGCCAUGACAGUCACCGCCAUCCCUGCCCCCGCGCCCGCUCUGCCAGACCCAGCCGGCGACGCCAACGUAGGCAACCAGAACGGGGGCCAAUUCAUCGGCGGGCAAUGCAUCAACAGCCUCGACUGCGCCUCGACAUGCUGCGCGACCUUCGGGUCCAUCGGUCUAUGCUCGGGUCUCGGCGCGCAGUUCCAAGCGGGGAAGACUGGCUGCGGCUUCGGCGCCAGCGCCACCCCUGCUACACCGGACAACAACACGGGCAAUGAUAACUCCGGCAGCGAUAACAAUGACAAUUCCGGCAAUAAUAACACUGGAAAUAACGGCAAUGCUGGCGGCUCGGGCACGGUCACCGUCGACCCCAACACCGCCGGCUCGCAGAACGUCGGCCUCGGCAACGGCUCGCAGUUCAUCACGGGCCAGUGCCUGAGCGACGCCGACUGCGCCUCGGGAUGCUGUGCCACGGACGGCAAGUGCGCGGCGCGCGCGGUCGUUGAGUCGGCGCAGGACGCGAGGGAGUGUGGCUUUGUUGGUACGCUUGCGCGACUGUAAUUGAAUAUAUAGUUGGGCGCUUCAAUAGCGCUUUGUUAUGUAAUAUCCUCGAAGUGAGGAUGGCGUGAUCUUACUCCCAUUGGCGGUGCUUGAUAACUAGUUGGGAUGUAUGAAUAAGGGAUAGGGGUAUGGGAAUUUGGUGCAUUGGCGGAGUUUUUUCUUUAUUUUUUCUUCAGGGUGCCUGAUGAAGAUUGUGGUCGGGAUUGAAUUGUGUUAUUUAGAUUUAGGUAUUGAGCUUACUAUAUAUAAAAUGUUAUACAUCUAUCGAGCCAUGUAGCAAUUUGCUCGUCUGUUCGGAGCGAGGCUAGAAAGGCAACAGGUUCAAGAAACUAGUACACACGCUGUGAUCUCCUAUAUCUAUGUUUUCAAGGAAUGUAAGGAAGCCGUUGCAUAGAGCCGACACCUCCAUCUAAGCGAGUAUAAACAGUGGCGCGAAAGUACGAGCUGUGUCGUCGUAAAAAGAGUGACGAGCUGUAAAACAUAUCUGCGAUUGCUCACAUAUA